CAGGUGGCCUGGACUUGCUGGGGCAUUUCAUUUCAUCGAAAGCAACGUUCAAGAAUGGCCAGGGCCUUUGCGGCUCAAUCCAUAUACGAGCACGUGUUUCGGGCCUGGAUCUAUCGCACCUCGGUCAAGCGCGCCGCUGCACUCGUGCAAUCCAAGCGCAAGGCAAGGGUUCAAAUCCGCCACUGGCGCCAGUGGGCGUUGGCCUACUCUACAAGUCAAAAGUGGCGCGUCCUGGUCUUUUACAUCACGUCGCAACGUCGACAAAAGAGUCUGCGUCUGCUGUGGCGGAGAUGGUGCUUAUUUGUAUCGAUUCGUCGCCAGGCGCGACGGCAUCGACAACUGGCCGCCGCACAUUGUCGAACGAAGACGCUCCAGCAGUCGUUCUUGCAAUGGCAUUUGACCAGCGAUGUCUGCUUGAUCAAUGAAGCACAAAUGCGACGAAAAGUGGCGGGAGCGUCUGCCACCAAACGAUGGCGAGCAUGGACAGUUCGGCGGAGACAAUGCUGGGCAAUGAGUCACAUGGCAGAAGCUUGGUACAACAGACAACUUGCCAAGACGUUGAUGCGAGGAUGGCGGCGCUUUCUCCUGCUGCGAGACCACCGCAACCAUCAACUCCGUCGCGCAGCCACGUUUGCAGCAUCUACGGUGUCUCGAGCAGCGUUCCAGGUGUGGCGCAGGCACAGUCAAGAGUUCUCUGCUGAACGACACCAGCUCGAGGUAGCUGUCGCAUGGUGUUCCAGCCAGGCACGGCUGCGAUCGUUGCGACAGUGGCAAGAGUACGUCAAAAGUAGAAACCAGCAACGCCUUGCUGUGUUGCAUUGCUACAAUGUGUCAACGGAAAGAGCAUUUUUUGGGUGGAAAAGGAGAACGGAAGCGUCGAAUUCUGCGAGAUGGCGAGCGAUGGAUUGGGUCCAUGCCAGGCGCAUGCGCCACCUCGGUGACCACUUUCAAACGUGGCAGGCGGCAGCCCAUCGACGGCAUUACAUCAACAUGCUUCGGUGCCGCCUUCAAAUGCAACGGAAUCUCGCAACGCUGAGACGGCACCACGAUGCUUGGGCAUCGUACGUCCGACCCAAGACACGGCAAAGACAUUUGUGCGUGGUGUUUCGAGGGCAGCACAUCAUGCGGUUCCUGCGGCAGGUUCUACGACAAUGGAGUGGCGUCGUCGAGGCUGGUCAUGCAUGGCGGAGGUUUGUUGUGGGGUUGGACAGCACACACACUACGAAGCGACUUCAGUACGGAUUUCACCAGUGGCGAGUCCACGCAGUUGGGAUGGCAGUCGCGGCAACACGAGCGCGAAGGUUCCAAGCUACCGUCCUUGAAGGGUGGACGGUGUGGACUGAAAGGCGUCAGUUUAGCCGUCGCCAGGAUCAAUGCGCGGUGCAAUGGCUCAGAUGCAAGACGAACGAGCGGUCGUUGACAGCAUGGUGGUGUUUUGUGCAGGUGCAGCGGAAGAUUCGGGAAUCGUCGGCACUCCUCUUCCACGCGUCGAGUCGAAGCUGCAUGCGAGCGCUGUGGGAAACGUGGCGUGUUCGCUUCAAUACUGCUUUACAAGAGCGCCGAGCGUUGCUGUGGCGUACACGUCGACUCCUCCGCUGCGUGUGGCAAGAGUUUCAAGUGGGUCUGCAGCUCGUGGCCGUCGAAAACAAACGUCGACGCGCCGCGCGCGUACUUCUCACGGGCAAAUUGAGAUCGUUGACGUUUGGGCGAUGGUUGCAAUACAUGGCACGGCAACGCCACGAGAGGGAGCUGAACGAUUUGGCACAAGACCAACUGGAGUGUCAUCGAUGCACCCGGGCGUUCAACGCGUGGAAUCAAGCGCAUUUGAAACGACAGGCUCAGCGACGGUGGCGCGUACAAUGGGAGCACGUCCAACUCGGCCAUGCCGUGCGCCUGUGGCACGACUUCGCCCAAGUCCGCGCCGGCCGCACGUGGACUGUCCUGUCCAGCCGACGGCAUUACGCCAUCGGCACGCUGCGCAAAAUCGUGUACGCAUGGAGCGAUGCGGUUGCAUUUGGUCGAUACAUUCGAGCGACAACUGACCAAGCCAUCCGUCACGUUCAAAUGUGCCGCCUCAAGCACGCGGUGGGUCGUCUCCAGCACCACGCGGAACGGACGCAACGUAACGUGGACGCCUUGUCCGUCGCCGAUUCGUUUUACAAGCGCAAGCGGACGAGUACCGUCGUCGCACGACUUCGAUCCCGCGCGGUCACAGCAGCAACUCGAAAACUACAGCGUACGACAGCUGAGCGCAUCUACCGUCGUCGCGUCGAACACUGUGUGUUUGUUGCGAUGCGGCAAGCCGCGCAACGAAGUCAGUACAUUCGCCGCAUGCUCGUGGACGCCCUCGGCAUGCAAGCGAAUGCCAAGACCAAGUACGUGUUUGGACGGUGGACCCAGUUCGCGGAAAAGGAGCGCGUUGUGCACCACUCGGCCCAACAGUCCAAGUGUCGGGCUCUGCAACGACGUAUCGCGCAAUGGCAUCGAGUGGCAGCAGACAAGCGGCGGAGUCGCGCACUGAUCGAGGCGAUUCGAACCAUGUUGUUCGGCAAUACUGUCCGCUCCUCGAUGCACGCGUGGGUCCAAUUCACAGCCACGAGACGUCGCAAAGCACACUGUGCUGGCGCCGCGACCUCGCACCAUGCAUUUCAGGCACGCCGCCGGGCGUGGAAAGCGUGGUAUGUGGUGCACACUCGAUGGAGCAAACUGAAAGAAGCCACGAAACGACGACGGAUGCGGCACGUGCGCCUCUUGUGGUCGCACUGGCAACGCAUCGUGCAAGAUUGCCGCAUGCAGCAGGCGCAAUGGGAGCUCGCAACGUUGCAUGACGCUGCCAUAUGCAUGCGAAAGCGCUGGGCCGAGUGGCGCGUCGCGACCCACAACGUCCAAGUUCUGGACGCAGCACUUGUGUCCAAGUGCCGAAUGCAACAAGGGCUACGGCGGUCUUGGCGACGUUGGGUUCGAUGCACGCAUGACACCGUGAUGCUUCGACGUGCGACGCGUGUGUGGAGCCAGCGCUACAUUCGCAUGUGCUUUCGAUUGUGGAGCGUGUAUCGAGUGUAUUGUCAGCGAAAGCAACGCCUGGCGGUGGAAUGUUACGUGCAUUGCCGACGUCGACUUCUCGGCGGGGCAUUCCGGCAUUGGCAACAACUCAAGAAAUGGCGUGAAAUAAAGCUUCAGCAGCAACACGCGGCGGGUCUGCACGAUUUUACUCGUCUGUGCAAGCCGUGCUUCGGCAGGUGGGUGACAUGCACGAUGAAGGCGAAGAAGACCAAGCAUAUCUUGACAGUGGCGUUUCGUCGAGACGCCACCAUGACAAUGUUUCGAUGUUUUCGAGGGUGGCAGCAGCACUUGCGCUGCGUCCACGAGUCGCGCCAGGCUGUGCAUUCCUACGAGUGCGCGAUGAACGACUUUUACGCGAUCAAAGCGAUCCAAGUGUGGCGGGAUCGAGCACAAGCGUUGCAAAAACAUCGGCAGCUCACCCUGUGCGCCAUGGAUUUCCUCGUGCGGAAAUUGCGGACCAAAUGCUUCGACGCGUGGUUGCUUCACGGAAUCGUUCAGCAAGAACGUGCGCUCAAGAAUCAAAUGGCCAUCGAACACGCGGCAUCUGUCGCGGCGCGCCACCGAUUUGACCGGUGGCUCAACUUCACUUACGCCCAACACCUAAAGCGUCAAGCUCGUCAUCACCGCAACGCUGCGUUGGUGCAACAGGCAUGGUCACAGUGGAUGGCGUUCUUGCAAACACGCGUUUGCACAGAAGAGGACGUAGCCAUGGCCAAAGGCCAUGCCACGAUGCAGAUGCAGAAACGAGUGUGGAGGCGAUGGCAGGUCUUUUGCGUCGCUCAGCUGCAAAUGCGCAUGGCGAGAUUCCAUGAUGCCACCACGCGCUUACGACGCAACUUCGUCACGUGGAAGUCCUACCGCGACGUCAUGGAGCGACUGCGGCAUGCGUGGACGUAUUGGGAAGCGUCGGCGCUCAAGUUACGAUUUCAACAGUGGAAUCGCUUUGUGUCCUUACGUCGCGUCCGGCAUGCCCAACAUCGCGUGUUCAUCGGGCUGCAGCAACGGCUGGCUGUUCGACGGUGGCUCCGCUACACGCACACGUCAAAGCACGACAAGCGUCAGGUUGUAUGGGCGUCGCAGCUCUUUUACGAAUCGUCGGUUGGAUGGUACUUUCGCGCGUGGCGGUGCAAGUUUGAGUCGCAAGUGCACAAGCGCCUCCAGGCGGAGCGCGCGGUGUCUCACUUGAUCGGAAAGGGGCUCCGGGGGUACUUUGAGCGGUGGCGUGCGACGUACACGCAGCAAAAACACAACCGGCAGGCCAUGCAGAUGGCCGAUCUGCAUCUUGACUUCUCGCGGCAACGGCGCGCCGUGCGAUGGCUUCGGGAGCACGUCCAAGACCAUCACGAUGCUCAAACGAUUUGGCAUCACGUCAAACUGUUCUUCACCGAUCAUGCCCAUCGGCGAAUCUUCACCAGGUGGAAGACGUUUGUGGUCGAACGCAAGACGAAGCUGAAGUUACAACGCACGGCAGCCAUUCAUUUUGGCGGCCGGACGGUCCGCGUGCUCUUCUCGGCGUGGAUGGCCUACGUCACUCGGACUCGCUACCUCAAGGCUCGUCUGUACCGAUCGCGGCAUUUGUACUUUAGUUCGCUGUAUUCGCGGUCUUUUUUCCGCUUGCGGCGAUUCGCAACGUUGAAGCGGCGCCUUCGACACGUCACGCAUCGUGUGACCCGUCGGCGCCGACAGGAAUGGUUUGACAGGUGGAAGCAGUUUGGUAACGUGGCGCGGCUAGAAAAGAAGCGCAGUGCACGAGCGUUCAUGCUGUACCGAAAAUCGCACGUGAAGCGCUUGUUCAGCCACUGGCGAAGCGUAGCCGUCGAGCGAUGGAUGCGGCAGUGGCUCGUCAAUUACGCUGGUGUUGUGCGCAGGCAAGGCGGUCUCGCGCUGGCCGUGCGACGGUGGUGGACGACAACAGAAGCGAAACGACAAGCCAAGGCACAAGGAUGGCGUCUGCGUCAAGCUUAUCUUGUCUCGACGGCGAUGGAGCGGUGGCGCCACGUUGCACAGAGCGCAAAGAAAGAACGGCACCUGGCUGCCGCCAUCGACCGACGCCGUCAAAGCAAAGCCAUGAAUGCAUGGCUCGACGCCCUCCUGGCGGCAGAAGGCCCCGUUGGAGCAUUGUAACAUACUUGGGAAUAAAUCAUGUAGCUGCAA